GCAACCAGCGAAAGGCGACACAUAUCGUGAGGGCAAUUGGUAUCUUCGUUCUACAGACAGUGUUCGUAAGGGAGGACAAAGGGAGAGCGUAACCGUAACAAGAAAACAAAGGGAUGCACACGCAUAGUUGCAGUGGCGCAAGAGCCUCAGCACCAAAACAGAAAUUGGGCCCGUCGCAGAUCUAUCGGGCAACAGGCAGAGUGAGGCAGCGUUACAGAGCGGUGCGUUCCUAGGCGGCUCCGAGAGCACCGGCGGCCCUUGCUGCUUUUUCACAUAAGAGGCGGCCCGUGAUUUCACCUCGCCUUUCCCGUCCCCAUCGCCACUGCUGAUUCUUGCUUGCCGCCCCAUUCACCCCAAGCAGAGAUGGUGCCACUGGAUCAGCUGCCGGCACAUUUUGAUGUCAAAGUCGUGGGCAGCGGCCAUGACCUGCCGUCCAAAGCGCACGUCGACUGGCUCGUCUGCCCCGAGCCAUGUUCAGAAAUGUCGUCGUCAGAGAACGAAGAAGACGACGUACGGUGCUGCUACGUCGGCGUGGGCGUGUCAGUCCGAGGCCGCUCGGUGCCCGAUGCAAUCGUGCUGUCGUAUGCGAAACGCCUUCUCGUCAUCCGCUUCAAGUCCAUCUACACAAAGAAGAGGGCGAGCCUCGAGAUGAUGAGCCACGUCGCCCGCUUCCUCGCCGACUUGAGCCGACACACGCUGUCGUCGGCGGCCUCGUCGAGCGACUCACGGCAGCAGCAGCAGCAGCAGCAGGAGUACCGCGUCGUGCUGGUCUGCUUCCAGGGCGCCAUCCUCGCGCUCCUCCUCUACCAGACGCUCAAGCUGCGCUUCAGCGUCGUCGACCUGUCCUGUCGCUCGUCAAAAUCUUCAGAGUCGUCCGACUUCCAGCUGAUCCAAGCCCGUCUCGGCAUCGAUGCUGCAGCAAAGCUGGGCCGUCUGCCGUAUGAACGCUUUCUCGUCAUCGAUGCCGCACUCAACCUCAAGCAGCCCCUCCGAGGCUUUCUCGCCACCAUGCGUCUGACCAUCUCUGCGCACCUCGUCGCCCUGCACUACAGCAGGUGGUCCAGCACGGGCGUCGAGCUGGAGCCUUUUGCAGCGUCGCAGACCAACUACGAAUCGGCAAUCGUCUCGACGAGGUGCGUCGCACAGCAAGUGGUCGACCAUCUCUCGACCUGCGCACAGGUCCACUCGGCCUUGCACCUCAUGGCAGGCAAGACGCAGACGGCCAACCUGGCUAUGGAUGCCAAUGGAUCCAGCGUCGAGUAUACCCACCAAGAGGGCCGGUCGUCCAUCUGCGUGACCAACACCGACUUCCGGACAAAGCUGGGCACAAGCAGUCGGCAGGGGCUCAAGAUCUCCACGCUGGACGGCGCGGUGCUGCGUGCCAAGACGACAAGGAGUGAAGGGAGGACGAGCACGCUGGACAUUCACGGCGUCACGGCAGGCCUGGCCAACCUCAAGAUUGCCUCGGUCGAGGUCAUGGGCAGGCCUGAUCGGGCGAGCGACUACAGCUCGAUGGUGCGCCACUGGACGGACCUGCUGCGCGUCGUCGAGAUCGGCCAGGACAGCCAGACGGGCGAGAUGGUGCCCGUCGAGAUGGCCAACAGCCUGUCAGGCCUUUGCGGCGCUCUGCUGUUCAACCACCGAGUGCCGCACUUUCAUCCAAAACACAGCCCAAGCAGCAUCCUCAGCUCGAACUCGAGCUCGAGCUCGCUUGCCGCAAUUGCUUCCGACACUCUCAAUGAGUCUCAGCGCUUGGCCGCGGAAGCCGUCUUUGCGCACCUGCCGUCGCACGACUGGCGCCAGUGUCCGCACGACCCCAGGAUCCUGCUCGUCCACGGUCCACCGGGCACGGGCAAGACAAAGGUCAUUGCAACCGUCUGCAAGCAGUUUGCCGUCCUCGCUGGCGGAUCGCGGACCGACGAGGCCAUCUACGCCGCCUGCCAGUCCAACACGGCCGUCAAGAACAUCGGCGAGGCACUCGAGCGGGCCGGCGUCGACUUCAAGAUUCUCGUCUCGCCAAACUUCUACGUCGACUGGCACGAGGAUCUGUAUGCGGCCAUUAAGGCGCGCCUCCUCGUGACCGACCGGCUCAUGGCGAGCCCGCAAGCAUUUCGGGAGCAGCUAGGAUCCAGCAUGGUGAUUCUCAUGACCGUCUCUGGGCUCUCGGCUGCGCGAUACACGACCUCGGUGCCCCUGUUUGAGGCAAAGAGGAUGCGCAUGCUCCUCGUCGAUGAAGCCUCACAGAUCCACCUGUCAGCCUAUCCGCACAUCCUCCGGCGCUUCGAAAACACACUGUCCAGAGUCGUCUUCUUUGGCGACGACGAGCAGCUGGCGCCCUUUGGGUCUGACGAUGUUGCCCAGGCUGGCCAGAGCGUGUUUGAGCUCGAGCACCUCCGCGCGCACGCCCACCUGCUCGACACCUCGUACCGCCUGCCUCGCGGUCUGUGCGACUUUAUCAGCGAGGCCGUGUACGGAGGCGAGCUCCACGCCGCGCAGACCGUCUCGAAUCGAGCGCUGAGCGAGUGCGUGGCCUUUGUCGAUGUCGAUCGCGGUCGCCACGUCAAGGGACGCACGACACCGUCGCUCGUCAACACGCACGAGGCCGAGACCGUCGUUCGCCUCGUCCGCUACCUGCGCACCAAGGCGAUUGGGUUCAAGGUCCUGACGGCCUACGACGCACAGCGGAACGAGAUCGAGACGAGGCUCAAGAAGCAGGGAUUGAGUGGGUCCGGCGAUGUCGUCUUCAACAUCGAUGCGUUUCAGGGACAGGAGACAGACGUCGUCGUCGCCAGCCUGGUCCGCGACGGCAUCGUCGCGACGACGCAGACGACCGAAAACCAAGCCAGGGCGACAGUGGGCUUUCUCAGGAACCAGCGGAGGACCAAUGUGCUCCUGACGCGCUGCAAGCGCCUCGUCAUUGUCGUCAGCUCAAAGAGGUUCGUCACGGGCGCCGCGCGCGGGACGCUGAUUGGCAGGCUGGAGAGCCAAGCGAGCGAGCAGGACGGGGACAUCUGGACGUCCGAGUCCGACGUCAUGAAUGGACGCUUCGAGAGACUCGAUGAACUUCUGUCGAUCGAUUGAUUGAUUGAUUGAUUGAAGCCGAGCCGAGCCGUACGAGCAAGAGAUGUUCGCUCAAGAGAGAAACAUGAACAAGAGAUGGAAGCCAGACGUGAUCGACUACAUCAACAGAGACAUC